CAAGUGGACGCGUCAUUUCCGGGCGGCAAAUCCCCGCGUUGCCGUGGCAACGCGAUGGCGGCGGCUGAGGAGAGCGCUUCGUUAUGGCUGGAGGCUCACGAGGACCCCCUGGCCGGGCUGUGCAGCUUCCCGGGGUGCAUGGCUCUGGUUGAUCUCCAUGGAGACGGCGACCACAAGCUGGUGGUGGGGGUCCCGCGGGAUCCGGGGGGUCCCCGCCUGGCCGUGGUGAGGGGCGCGGGCUCCAUCACCAGCCUGGCUCUGCCCGAGGCUCCGGCGGGGGUGGGGGCGUUCGGCCCCGCUUUUUUAGGGUCGGGGGGCUCCGGGGGGGGGCCCGGGGGGGGCCCCGCGGUGGUCGUGGCCGCCGGCCCCGCCCUCUACGUCUACAGGAACCUGCGACCCUUCUUCAAAUUCUCGCUGCCCCCCCCGGCCCCCCGACCCCCUCGAGAGGGACCUGUGGCUCCAGGCUGA